AUGGCAGCGGUUUCUGAUGUUUCACCCUCCAACUCCUUCCAUUAUACUAUAUCCAAAAUCAAGCAUCGACACUUUCUUCUUUUUGUCCUUCCAUCUUCUUCUACGGCGAUUUCUAUUAACUCUACGACCGUUUCACUUUCUCUGAAGUAUGGAAUCGAGAUUCGAGCGGGUAAGCCAAUGAUUUUGAUGCUGAAACCCAAUUUUCUCAAGCAAGAUAAGCCAAUGAUUUCCUCCAACUCCUUCCAUUAUACUAUAAUUUUUGCUUGGCCUUGUGUAUGUUGUGGUCACGGCAUUUCUACUUCCAUACAUUAUUGUGUUCUUCGGUUUGGAAUAUCUUGUAUACCAUCAUCAGUCACUGGAAUAAUUGCUAUUACAGCAAUAGACACAAGUGGACUUGAAACUUUAGGUGAACUUAUAAAGAUACUUGAAAAGAGAUCACUUCAGUUUGUGUUGGUAAAUCCUAUUGGAAAUAUGAUGGAAAAACUAUACCUGUCAUCUAUUAUUUCCAUUUUGGUUAACAUAACAUACUACGCUGAGAUAACACACAAUGUGUCAGAGGUGUAG